AUGUCCAACUGCUACUUCGACAUUGCCAUCAACAACCAGCCUGCGGGCAGGAUCGUCUUCGAGCUCUUCGACCAGACCGUCCCCAAGACCGCAGACAACUUCCGAGCCUUGUGCACUGGAGAGAAGGGCUUCGGCUAUGCUGGCUCAGGAUUCCACCGAGUCAUCCCCAACUUCAUGCUCCAAGGAGGAGACUUCACCGCACACAAUGGAACCGGUGGAAAGUCCAUCUACGGCAACAAAUUCGCCGAUGAGAACUUCAAGCUCAGACACACCGAGCCUGGUCUCCUGUCUAUGGCCAAUGCCGGACCCAACACCAACGGUUCGCAAUUCUUCAUCACCACCGUCGUGACCUCCUGGUUGGACGGAAAGCACGUCGUCUUCGGCAAGGUCGUCGACGGAAUGCCCUUGGUCAAGAAGAUUGAGAGUUACGGAAGUGACUCUGGCAAGCCCAAGGCCAAGAUUACCAUCACCGCCUCCGGCACCGUCUAG